AUGCCCUCCCUCCCCCUCGAGGCGUCCGCGUACGCCGAUUCGAUCAUCGCACUCGCCUCGGCGCUGACCGAACGAGCGCACCUCUUCGUCGAUGGAUCGGAGGAUGUCGAAUUGAGAGCCAAGUGCGAGGAUGCGCUCAAGAUGGGAUUCGAUCGAGGUGAGUGUGCGCGGGUCCACGGGUGUCGUCGGUUUGAGAGCGCAACAAUAGAGGGGUCGGGGAUGACUUCGCAGGCUGGUCCGAGUCCGAGUCGCUUUUCUGACCGGGAGUGGUUCGCAAUGGUUGGGUGUGACAUUGCGCAUAUGACGGAUCACGAUAGAGAUGGCGAUAUUUUGACCCCCCAUCAAAACGGCAAGGAAGGUUGUGAACUCACGCUCGAAUUCACCCCCCUCAUCUCCUCCAUCCCCUAGCCCUCACGUCGGAAGCCUCUGCCUUCCCUCAUCUCUCGACCCUCAUCACCUCCCUCGCCCCAUCCUCCGCACCUUCAACCCGAUCCAGGUCUCGUUCAUCAGGCGUCCAAGAACCCGAGCGCCUUGAGGCGGAAACGAUCCUCCCUCCGACGCCGUUGUCGGAAUUGACGACUCAGGGUAUGGAACCGGAGAUGAUCUGGGAACAGCUCGAGAUGCGUAAUUCGGUCGUCGAUGAGGUGCUGCAAGAGAUGUUUGGUGGAGAAGGGAGGGAAGAAGAGGAAGGUGAGGAGGAGGACGAGGAUUCGGACGAGGACGAUUUGAACGGGGGGAUCGAGGGAGAGGACGAUUUCGACAUGAGUGCUUUUGACAAGUACGAUCGGGGGGAGGGGAGUGAUGAAGAGGAAGGGGACGACGACGAGGAAGAAGAAGAAGAUUCCGAUGGUGAAGGAUCCUACGAGGACGAUGAGGAAGAAGAAGACGAUGAUGCUGAAUCCCAAGACACCGAGGAUGAACUCGCCGUCGAGCGUUUCGUCGAGAUGGAACCUUUCGAAGCCGAUAUCGGCAAACCUACGCCGGGAUGGCCCAAUACCUACAUCAUUCGAGGAGGGGAGGAAAACGAUGUCCCUGAACAGGCACAAGAGGAGGAUGAGGACCCCGAAGCGGACGAGACAAAAGAGUUGUCGUUGGAGAACUUUGAUAGACCGGGGAGGAAGAGCAAGGGCCCAAAAAGGUGGGUUGAAGUGACUAUUUUGCUGGAGACGAAUUCGUAUCGACUAACGUGCCCAUUCAUUGAAUAGAACCGGCCCCGCUUCGGCCGUCGACGACGCCUUUUUCUCGCUCCACGACUUCCAUCAACAGGUCGACGAGGGCGAAGCCGAGAUGGACCGCAUGAUCCGAGGCGAAGCCGACUCGGACGACGGGGACGAUCAAAUGGACGACUUUGACCUCUUUGCACCUGUCGACAGCGCAGAUAAAGACGAGGACGAUGAAGACGAGGAUGAAGAGGAAGAGGAUCUCGAUGUUGCGGGGAUCAUGUAUUCCGACUUUUUCGAUCCGCCGUCGAGACCUCUGGGCGGUAAGAAGGACGGCAAGAAGGGAGGAGGGUCGGGGCCAGAAGAUGACAAGCCCAAGGAGAAGGGGAAGCGGAAAGCGAACGAAGUCAAGACUUCUACCAUUACCAUCGUCACGAACCCCAUACCGACGACGAACGGGGACGCCGCGGCUGGGAAGGGGAAGGACAAGGGCACUGACCGGGUCAAGUUUGCGGACAAGGUCAAGGUCAAGCUGAUCCCGUCAAGAGGGGGACGGUUCGCCAAGUUGGUCGAGGCGUUAGGGUAUGACAAGGCCGUAAUCGCGUUCGAACAGCUGAAAGAAAGUGAGCGAGGGAUGGGAAUGGAAGAGAAUGCGGAAGACGAUAAGGAUGAGGAGGGAAGUGGAGACGAUGGAGAGAUGGACGAGGAUGAAGAAGGAGAGGAACGCGAAGAAGAGGAGGAUGAGGAGGAUGAGGAAGAGGAAGAGGAAGAGGAAGAGAGUCAGUUGGAGGAACAAGCGACGAUGCAACGCGUCUCUUCCUCGCUCUUUGACGAUGACGAGGAUGACGAGGUCGAGGGCGAGUCCAAAGGUGGGUUAUUCAUGACUCAACUCCCGUCGUCCUGUGCUGGAGCUUAACCUCUUCGCUACCUGUAGGUGAGAAACUGUCACGACACGAGCGACGGUUGCUGCAACUCUCGUCUCAAAUCGCCUCGCUCGAAGCUGAGAACGUUGGGCCGAAGAAAUGGGCAACGCUCGGUGAAGCUCAAGCUCGCAAUCGCCCGGCGAACAGUCUGCUCGAGGAGGAUCUCGAAUUUGAACGCAUGGGCAAGGUCGUGCCCGUAAUCACGGAAGAAACGACCAAGUCGAUUGAAGAUUUGAUCAAGAAGCGUAUACUCGAUAAUCAGUUCGACGAUGUCGAACGACGGAGAGCGGUCGACCCUCACGCCUUCUUGCCCUCUCGUUUCAUGGAAUUGCAAGAUACCAAGUCGAACAAGUCGCUUGCUGAGAUUUACGAGGACGACUAUCAAUCGGCGAGGGCCAAGGAGACGGGGGAGAAGGUCGUGCACGAGAUAGAUGCCGCUCUCGAAGCCAAGCAUCAAGAUAUUGAAGAGCUGUUCGAUGACCUAGCGGCCAAACUCGACGCCCUGUCGAACGCGCGCUUCACCCCCAAACCCCCGAAAUCGACCAUCUCGACCAUUACCAACGCGCCAAGUCUAUCCCUCGAGUCAGCUCUACCCCCCACGCAAACAGCGACUUCCAUGUUGGCGCCCGAAGAAGUGUUCGUACCCGAUCCGACGAACGAGGACCGUAGCGACUUCACCCCGGCGCAGAAGAAGGCAGCGCGACAAAAGCGACGCAAGGCCCGGGCCGCGAUGGCCGAGCAAGUCGAGAGGAUCAAGGAGUCCAAGGGGGCCAAGGGGGCCAAGAAGGACAAGGAGAUGGCGACACAGAUGCUCGUCGGCCAAAAGGGCGUGACGGUAUUGGGUAAAGGGGGGGAAAAGGUCGAGGCCGUCAACGGCAAGAAGAGGAAGCGGUCUGAAGGUGGUGACGACGACGCUGGAGGGCCGAGUGGAGUUAGGCUCAAGUUGUAG